AGUAAAAUAAUAUCGAAAAUCUUACAAAGUGCUGUGAGAUUUCAGAGUCGAACGUUUCUACUUACACGAAAUUACCCCUGACACAAUGACCCCAUUUUAGCCGACUCGAAAGCAACUACUUAGGAAACGGGCCCCUUAAAAGGACUUCUGGUUGAUUCGAAGAAGCUAUCCUUAAUAGUAAGUUAAUUACCAUUAUUAUAUCGACAAUAUCUACCUACCUAUGUAAGAUUAAAUGACAACGAAUAUCAAGUUACUAUGUAGCCAAUGAAAUUACCCUGCGAGGAGCUCCCGGGAGCUCUCCACAAUGAUGUAAACAACAAGACAAAGAGGCGUUGAAUUUCGUCAUGACUCGCCCACAUUGAGCUCUGCUUUGCUAUUCAACAAGGUAGCAAUCUGUUGAUACAAGAACCGGACGCUCCUAUCCGCUCCAGCCAAAAUGUGCCCUUGGGUUUUGAUGAAAACACCGAGACGUCAUGAUCUCACCAGUCGCCCGAGGCAUCUCCCACCAUAAGAAGCCGCUGGCUGGCAUCGCUCUUCGAGCUGGUGCUCUACUCAAUUACUCACCAGCGCUUUGUGCAACACCACAACUCUUCUUACAACCACAACAGCCGCAGUUCUUUAGAUCAGCACAUCCACUCCAGAUAGUCAGAAUGGCGUCAAACAGCCGCAACGAGCCCUUCACCCGCGACAAGCUCUUCGACCUAAAAGGGCACGUAGCGCUCGUGACGGGCGGCGGCUCGGGCAUCGGACUAAUGGCGACGCAGGCGCUCGUCGCCAACGGCGCCAAGGUGUACAUCACGGGGCGGACCAAGGCAAAGCUCGACCGCGUCGCCGAGCUGUACUCGCAGGGCAAAGACUCCAUCGUGCCUAUUACGUGCGACGUCACGGACAAGAGCCAAAUCGCGAGCCUAGCUAAGGACAUAUCGUCGCGCGAGGAGUGUCUGUGCAUCCUGGUCAACAACGCGGGCAUCAGCGGCGCGACGAUGCAGACCGAGGCCGGCUCGGCCGAGGAGAUGAAAGAGAACCUGUUCGAUAACGAGAAGUCGACGAUGGAGGACUGGACGGAUGUGUACCGCACCAACGUCGCGCAGGUCUUCUUCGCGACCACGGCGUUCUUGCCGCUGCUGGAGAAGUCGUCGAAGCGCUUCCCUGGCUGGUCGGGCACUGUGAUUAAUAUCUCGUCGAUCAGCGGCCUGGUCAAGACUGCGCAGCACCACUUCGCGUACAACGCGUCGAAAGGUGCUGCAAUCCACUUGACCAGGAUGUUGGCAUCCGAGGUGGCGGCUAACAAGCUGAAGAUCCGUAUCAACUCGAUAGCGCCGGGCGUCUUCCCCAGCGAGAUGACUACCGACGGCAGCAAUCAAGGCCAGAAGAGCCACAUCGACAAGGAAAAGUACGAGAGCAAGGUGCCGGCAGGUCGUCCCGGGAAGGACGACGACAUGGCGCAGGCGGUGCUGUUCUUCGCCGCGAACCAAUAUUUGAACGGCCAGACCGUUGUAGUAGAUGGCGGGUAUACGCUCGCAGCUGGAGAAUAGAAUAAAAUCAGGGAUUAUUACCAAAAGGAGGGUAUACUGUUAUUAAGGGGAUGGCGUUCAUGUGUAAGUUCUAAAGAGGUACUUAUAUACCUAGGUAUAUAUAUAUAUAUAUAUAUAUGUUGGUAUAAGGAAGAUACAAAUUGAACCAAUCAAAUAGUCCGUUAGAACCAAUACAUGUAUGUAUGUAUUAUACGAACACCUGGAGCAGCGCCCCGAGUAUGAUUAUAUAUAACUUAGGUAGUUUGCACAAUCCAAAGAUCGAUCUCGUCGU